AUGUCUGAAGAGGCUCAGGAAUACAAGCUUACAUUGACUGAACUCAAGUCGAACAACAAGACUCAAAUUAAUCUACUCACGAUUCUUGCUGACGAUUACAAAAAAAAUGCGGCGGAAAUCGUCGACGUCAUCGAAGCACAUUUGCACACAGUUUCACCGCCAAUGAAGUUGCUGACAAUGUACGUUAUGGAUUCAAUUCUGAAGAAUGUGAAGGAGCAAUACAUUGAAUUGUUCUCAAAAAAGAUUAUCUCAAUGUUUAGUCAUGUAUUCCAGCACGGUGAUGAAAAGAUUCGCUCAGCGUUAUACAAACUCCGAGUGACAUGGUCCGGUUUGCAUGUGUUCAUGCCAUCAAAACUUUAUCAAAUUGAUAUGAGGGUGCACUCGCUUGAUUCGGCCUGGCCAAUUGCGAAUCCACAAACCGGUCGAGCCCUCAAAGACGAUCCAGCUGUCACUGCUCCGCGUCCACAAAAACCACAAGUUGCAUCGGCAUCUUCUUCGUCGUCUUCGACGUCGACAUCGCAAACGAAGGUUUUUGUGAACAGAAAGUUCAUUCAUCAAUCUGGAGAUCUCGCGAACAAUACGGCUCCGUCUUCGAACACUCCAGCGAAGAAACCGACUGCUCCUGUCAAUUCAAAGAAGGAGAAGACAACACCAAAAGAUCCAUUAGACAAACUCUUGCCUCCACCUGCGAAUAAUACUUCGAAAGCCGCCCCACCAUCGGCUCCAUCAAAACGCAAGUCUCCAAACCAAGCGAUUCCAUCGGAACCUCCAGCAUCCAAGAGGAAAGUCGAAUUGGACUUGGACUUGAGAAAUCGCGAUCAAGAUUUGAGACACGCGCCAAAAGUGAUAAAACCAACUUCUGUUAUUGGCUCUCAUGCAUUCAGCAGUCCACCACGUAUCACAGCUGUUGCUACACCACCAGCACCUACUAUAAUUAGUAACCCAAUUGCUCCCGCCCAAAUCUUGCCUCCCGCGAUUAAACCAGCUAUAAUUACGAAUGACACCGUGAAAUUGGAUAUACCACAAAACAAUAGGAUUUUCGUUGAUGGAAAGGCUUAUGAGGUUAUGUUUAUCGACGAGGUUGCGGUUAUUGAACGAGCUGGAAACCCGCAUCGCGUUUAUUUCGCUGGCCCACCAAGAAACGUGAUUGUCGACGGAGUUCCACAUUUGUUAGCAUUUGGGGAGACGAGAAACAUCGAAAUUGAGGGCUCUCUUCAUCCGAUUCGAUUUGGCGCUCCAAGCCGAGAGCUUUAUAUUGGAGGCCAUCCUUUCAAAGGGCAGUUUGGAGGAAGUCCGAUUUUUGCUACAAUCAAUGGAAAGAAGCAUGAGAUUCGACUUGGAGGGUCUGCUCCAGAAGUUCGGAUUGAUCCAGAUCCAGCUUAUGACUUGGCUAGAUUCCUGAACAAAAUGAGAGAAGAAAAGAAAGUCGAAAUUAAGGCUGCUCAGCCGAAACUUGAUGACCCAUUUAUGUUAUUGAAAAAACUACAAAAAAGCGGAUACUUGAAACCAGUAACUGUCCCAGUUUCUGCGCCUUCUGUUGCGGCUCCUCUGAAAUUGCCGGAGUCUACUCCUCGAAUGCCAUUCAGCGCUUCCGCUCCUGUAUUGGCAUCGCCAACACUCGUAGAUAAGGUUGGAAUUGAGCGUCGAGCUGUUCCACCAUCUCUUAAAGAUUUUAACAUUCGAUUGCUUAAAAUUCGUUAUGAUAGCGUCGUCAAGGCGAUAAUUAAUAAACGUGCCGAUUCUUGCCCAUAUUGUGGAAUGCGUCUCGAUGGAAUGUCACAAAAAAGCGAAGGCUGGACUGCUCACAUGGAUUGGCAUGUGAAAAGAAACUUGAGCAAGCAGGAGAAGAAUCAAUACCGCAAAUGGUAUCCAUCGGCUUCUGUUUGGCUUACAUCGAAAGCAAAUGAGGAGGAAAAUAAUAAAGAUAAAGAUGAAGAGCAACAGCCAACAACCGUCGCUGGAGUGGUAUCCAAGGGUCAAAAGGAGUGCGCUGUGUGUCGUGAAAAGUUUGACGAGUAUUUCGAUCAAGACGAAGAAAUGUGGAGGUUGCGCGAUACUGUUGAAGUAUCUGGAAAGAUUGUGCACGUUGCGUGUUCUACCGAUGCAUCGCUCAUUGAUCAGCCAGAGACACCAAGUGUGAAGCAAGAGCCAUUAGAUUUCGAGGAUGUAAAACCGAUAAUCAAUUCAUCAUCUUCUUCACAUUUUGAUAGAAAACCACAGUUUGAUACAAAACAUCAAUUAGUUGGGAUUUGA